AUGAGCUUCAGCCCUCGAAGCCCCGGCGCAGAGGAGCAACAGGAGAAAGAUGACGCCAUCUGGGAAGAACGCAUACAGCAGCUCGUCAAGCUUCCCGAUUCUAGACCACGAGCCUUGACGCCUGACGCUACGUGUUCACAAUCCCCAGUAGCACUUUUCCAAAAGUCUUGCGCAUGGUUUAAAGUUCCACCAAAUAUCCGCAGGGACAUCCUUCGACUGGCUUUUGGGGAUACACGCCUUCAUCUGCAAUUAGUUUACGGCCAACCUGGGGGUGACUCGCCUGAUGAGUCUCAGCCUCAAGGCUGGCGAUGGUGGAGCUCAAGAUGUCAUCGGCUUCCACAUGAUGAUACUCCACAGCGGCGUACUAUGACUAAAGGCGGUCUUCCUGGACCAUGGGAUGACGAGUGCCACGAUGAUGGUGCGCCAAUCGGUGUGAUGGGCUGGCUCUUAUCCUGCCGUCAGAACUACUCCGAGACAAUAGAUAUCCUCUAUUCAACCAAUGUCUUGAUCUUGAAUGGUCAAGCAAUGCUAAUUCAUCUACCUCAAUUGAUACCACCACACCGGCUUGAGAGCGUUACAUCUCUUGAGGUUAGAUGGUAUCUCAAAACACGUUUCAUCACAUGGGAUGAUCCACACGAUACAUUAGAUGAAGAUCACCUAGAAAGCAUCUUCCGUAUGCUAUCAUCGCCGUACCUUCCAGCACUGCGCAACCUGUAUAUGACGCUCGAAGAUUCAUCACAGGCUCGUCUCUCUGUUGAUGCGAUAGAAGAUUACCAGGAGACAAUUCUCAGACACCUGGACGAGUUCUCACAGCGAAUGGGCCACUUGGAACAGUUCUCUUGCGCGUUGCCGUCGGUCUUCUUUGAUUUCCUUUACCAUGAAGCAACAGAGGAUAUUAGAGGGAGGUCUGCCAUAGAGUACGAGUCAUACAGGCAGGUCUGGCGCGGCUCUGAUGGUCAGAUGACAGUUGUGCGCCUACCAUGCAUCGAUAGUUAUCCUGGUCCGCCGCAUCAUGUUAGCCAAGAUGACACCAAGAGAUGUGGCUAUUGGAUCCUUGAGAUUCCAGACACAGACUGA